AUGAAUAUAAAUAUGAAUUUGAUGGCAACAAAUAUCAAGAAAAACUAUAAUUGGAGAUUAAUAAAAUCCAUUCGGAAAAACAUGAUUAUCGAAUCUAUUUUAUUUAAAAAAAACGGAUUUAAGGAUAAGCUUAAAGAAAUAGAAUUAGAAUUAAUUUGCAAACUGAUAAUGGUUAAAUGUCCCAGUAUAAUGUACCCCACAUUAAAUCGUUAUAAAUUGCUCAAAAAAAAUAAUUUACAUCAUACAAAAUGUUUUAAUUCCAAAAAUACUGUGUUACCCAUAUUAUUAAAGUCAGUAAACCCGAUUUUAUAUAAAGAUAUCCUCAAUUGUUUACAACAUGAAAACUGUAACAAUCAAAUCGAAAGCGAAUGCAAAGAAGAUGUUGUUGCAUAUAGUGAUGAAGAUAUUUUGAAAAUCUAUAAGAAAUUCGUAAAGUCUAUUUUAACCCCAAUUGGGACAAAACAUAUAGAGCUAGUAUUUACAGAAAUCUACAAUUUUACAGAUUUAUCCUCCUACUUUUCAUAUAUGAAUAAGUAUCCCCCUCAAUCUAUUAUUUCAAAUGACUAUAUUGAAUUAUUCAAUUAA